AAACGAUUGCUUCUUCCUGAUUCUAAGAUAAAUCUAAUCAAAAUCAGAUAACAGAAAAGUAUAAAUAUGUAGGAUCGACGGUAUUAGCCACAGUCUCCAAAAAAGACAACAUGAAGGUAUUCAUUAUCGCAUCCCUCUUGGUCGCCUGCGCCUUGGCCGCGCCUUCCCACCACAACCGCAUCACUGGUGGUGAAGAUGCUGAAGCUGGUGAGUUCCCUUACCAGAUCUCCCUGCAAUGGGGUAUCUUUGGCAUGUACCAACAUGUCUGCGGUGGUUCCAUCAUCGCCCCCAACUGGAUCUUGACUGCUGGACAUUGCGUAACCGAAUUGCCUUUCGAUGGUGAUAUGGAAAUCCUUGCUGGUAUCGACAACCUUAGCCAUACCUCUGGUGCCCAGAAGAUCGCUGUUGUCGAACGUAUUGUUCACCCAGACUACAAUGGUGGUGUAAACCCCAAUGACGUUGCUCUGCUCCGUUUGGCUUCCUCUUUGGAGUACAACGACUUGGUCCAGGCUAUUGAACUGCCCGCUUCCGGUGAGGAACCUUCCGGUGAUGUUGUUCUCUCUGGCUGGGGCUCCACCUCCACCAGCAACUUCCCAGUCAUGCCCAACCAACUCCAGAAGGUUGAUCUCCCCGUUUUGGACCAUGAAGGUUGCGCUGCUGCCUUCACCGAAUUGAUGGGCACCUCUGAACCUUUGGAUGAAGUUUCCAACGUGUGCACCGCCAACCCUGGUGACCACAAAUCCGCCUGCAGCGGUGACUCUGGUGGCCCUCUUGCCGGUAACGGCAAGAUCGUUGGUAUUGUCUCCUGGGGUCUGGUCCCAUGCGGAUCGGAAGGUGCUCCAUCUGUCUACACUAAGGUUUCAUCCUUCGUCGACUGGAUCAACGAACACAUCGCUUAAAAGCCUAAUAAUUUAAUAAUAAAUAUCUACGUAUACUUUUAA